AUGGAGAAGGCGGAGAGGAGAAAUCAGACCCUCAUUAUGGAAUUCAUCCUCUUAGGAUUUGGGGAUGUCGGUGACCUGCAACCCCUUCUUUUCCUCGUGUUUUUAGUGAUCUAUAUUGUGACUGUUGCCGGCAACAUCCUCAUCGUUGUGCUAGUUGUGACGGAUCCGCAGCUUCGCACCCCCAUGUACUUCUUUGUGGGGAACCUGUCCUGCCUGGAGACCUGCUACAGCUCCACCAUCCUGCCCCGGCUGCUGGCCAGUCUCCUCACUGGGGACAGAACCGUCUCGGUGAAGAGGUGCCUGGUACAAACCUAUUUCUUUUCCAUCAUAGCAAUGGCUGAAAAUCUGCUGCUGGCGGCCAUGUCUUACGACCGGUAUCUAGCGAUAUGCCACCCUCUCCGAUACGCCGCCCUGAUGAACGGCCGGGUGUGUUGCCAGCUAGUGGCGGGCUCCUGGCUGUACAGUUUUCUGGUGGUCGGCGUAUUGAAUAGUUUCUUGUUCCCGUUAACGUUCUGUAAUGCCAAAGAAAUUGACCAUUACUUCUGUGAUUUUUCCCCCAUGAUAAGGUUGUCCUGUGAUGCCGCCUGGACCCUACAAUUGGCGACGUUAACGAUCUCUGCCAUAGGGACGGUUGUGCCUUUGUUACUGACCCUGGCUUCCUAUGUUUGCAUCAUCACCACCAUCCUGAGAAUCCCGUCCUCCACCGGGAGGCAAAAGGCCUUUUCCACCUGCUCCUCCCAUCUCAUGGUGGUGACGAUUAUAUACAUCAGCCUCAUCAUUGUCUAUGUGUUUCCAUCACUCACCACUUCCACCGUCCUCCACAAAGUGUUCUCGCUCUUCUACACAGUCCUGAAUCCCAUGAUCAACCCCAUUAUCUACAGUCUGAGGAACAAGGAGGUGAAAGAGUCCCUGAGAAAAGCGAUUGGGAAAGUGGUCACCUUCAGAAACAAGCACAGAAUCUGGUAG